UAUACUAACAUAUUAAAAACAGAAAUUUGCAAAGUUCGAAACUUAGAUAUCAAUUCAAAUACGAAAAAGUACAAAUAGAAUAUGAGUUGUUUAUUGAGUUUUGAAAACUAAUUUACUUUUAUACAUGAAAAAGAAAAUCGGAAGGUAUUUUCUUGAUAUCAUGAAGAAAUCAAGAAAGCACCGUAGUGACAUCUACUUUAAUAUCGAGAACUAUUUUUUUUAAAUACUUCCUCAUUGUUAUUCAUCCUUUUUUCGUUAUCGACUCACACUUGAAUCAAAUCGAGUUAUGCUCUACUCAGUCGUAGAAUGGCUUGAUUUCACCCCAUCACUUGUGACUUUGUUAAAUGUCAAAAGUGACAAUUUUCAUCGGCGGAUUGUUAUUGAUAGAAUAGAUGUAUAAAUUAUUUUACUGAAAAGUCGAAUCUUGCUUGCCUCAUUAUUGCGGUAGUGUAUAAUGCUUUGAUUGAAAAAUAUAUAGUUUAAACCCUGUAUCAUGGCUCGUAGAGAAGAUGAAUCGUUUCAAGAUGAAGAUGUGUAUAUCAAUCCAGAAGACGGUAUGCCCAAUAUUCAUCCUAAUAUCGCUAAUAUAGAACAUGAAAGCGAUGGUACUGAUGAAAUCGACGAUUUUGACGAUUUGCCUAAAUCAGUUAUAGUGACUAAUGUUCAUAGCGACGUUUUCAAUGAUGAAAAACUAAAGAAGGAGAUGGAAGACCUUUUCCGUACAUUUUCGGAGAACACAACAUUUCAGUGGCUUCGUAGCUUUAAACGUUUACGUGUUAACUAUGACAGCCCGUUAGCAGCCGCAAAUGCUCGUAUUCAGUUACAUCAAUAUAAAUUUCAUGAUAACCGCAUUAAUUGUUACUUUGCCCAGCCGGUUACUCCAGUGUCGCUUAAGAAUUUAAGGCCACCGGCGCCAGUUAAACAAUUCCUUAUAUCUCCACCUUCUAGUCCUCCUAUUGGUUGGGAACCUAGAGAAGAAGGUGAACCGCUAGUGAAUCAUGAUCUAUUAGCUGCACUUGCCAGUUUGUCACCAGGAGAGAGUCACGAAUUGCAUGCGCCGACACCGACCCAGCCAGCUAUCAUUGUUCAUACAGCUUUGGCACUGGAGAACAAUGAUACAGUAAAAGUAGGACACUCAAUUCCUCAUACUCGCUGUCCAAAUCAUUGAUACAAUUUUGCCCAUUUGAGUAUAAAGAUGAAUAGCUAAUUUAUAAAUUAGAGUAUAAGAAUGGAGCUUGAAAGUUACUCACAUGUCAAUUGUAGUGACCUGUGAUGCCAAAGAACUGCAAUUUUUUUUAUUUAACAAAUUUUAUGCUUAUAUUAUGCAGCCAUUAUUUUUAAUCACUCAUAAGGCAACGGCAUAUUUUGUUUAUAAUGCACUUAAUUCAAUUGGUGCUAUAUUUUUAAAACCCUUUGAUGAAAUUCUAUGUAUGUUAUAUUUGUAUUAUUGAAUUGCUGAUAUUGUUAUUAGUUUAUUAGUGUAACAUUAUUUUUAUUUUUUUUAUAUUAAAAAUUUAUGAUUGGUUGGUUAUCCUUAAAUACAGUAAAAAGAUAUUAUUGAUGGUCAAUAUAUCACUAUUGUAAUUGAUAAUUUUAAAAUAAAGACAUGACUUUGACAACAUAAAACUGUUGAACUAAAUGUAGAUAUACAUUUUUUUUAAUAUUCUUAAAAAUACUACUCAAUUUAUAUAUUUUGUUAUAAAAAACAAGAAAUUUGUCCACCCAAUGGUUUUACUGUACCAUCCAUGUUCAUUAAAUAGGAAAAAAAACAUUUUUUUUUUUAGAAAAUUUGCGAUUGUCUGAAUAGACAUAAUGAAAACAAAAAACCUUACCUCACUUACUUUAUAUUUGAAAUAUAAUAUUAUUUCAUACAUAAAUUAUCUACUAGAUAUUUUUUACUAUUUAAACUAAAUGUUUAUUUAAAUAAAGUUAGUAAAAGUGGACAAACUUAAUAAAAAAAAAUAUCAUAACAAUAUAAUUUUAUUACCAAAAUAAAUGUUACAUUAAUGUAAUUAUAAUAUUUUAAGCAUGAAACCAUUGGGACUGCUUGUAAUUUUUAAAUAUUAUGUAUUUAUUAAUGUCUAAAGAUGUCAACUCAUGAUCACCAUAGUAUCGACAUUAGAUACAUUUUUGUAUCAUAAUAUUUUAUAAAUGGUUGCUUGAUUUUACCAUUGUUUUUUUAAAUAAUAUGUAUUUCUGAAAAUAUUUUUAAACUAUUGCAAGAGACCCGAAAUAUUAAAUUCAAUAGGAAUGGCUUGUUAUGACUAUGAGUAGUAAGAUUGCGGUCCAGAUACAUGUUAAAGUUGGUACCAGCUAAUUAAUGUUUUGAGUGAUAUGAAUGCAUGCAUGCACACUUAGGAUGUUUACCAAUAAAUAAAUAAAAUCGGAAAUUUUCACUAACUGUUAUUAAAAUUCAUCUCCUGUAACUUGUACAAGUGUGCGACAAUAUUGUGAA